AUGGAGAAGUUCGAUAUCGUCCUCCUCGGCGCAACCGGAUACACAGGCCGUCUAUGCGCAGCAUACAUGGCUCGGGUACUCCCAAAGACUAUAUCUUGGGCUAUAGCAGGACGUAGCAAAUUUAAACUCGAGCAGCUAUACAAACACCUUGAGCUCCAACAGAAGCCAUGCACUAUAUACACUCUUGACCUCGCCUCCGAAACAGUCAUCAUAGAGCUUGUGAAGAAGACAAGCGUAGUUAUAAACACUAUUGGCCCUUAUGCUACAACUUGUGGGACAUCUGUGAUUAAAGCAUGUGCUGGAAAUGGCACAGAUUAUGUGGAUUGCAGCGGAGAACCCGCCUGGAUGCAAGAAAUCAUCAAGAAUUAUGAUGAGAUAGCACAAAAGACAGGCUCAAAAAUAAUCAUGACCACAGGCUGGGCCGCCGUCCCCGCAGAUCUAUCAGUUUAUCUCUCCAUUCUCAAACUCCGUAGACACGUUUCUCUACCAACGCGUGAAGUCCUCGUCUGUCUUGACGACGUCCGCGGCUCCUUCAGUGGUGGCAGCCUCAGCUCGCUAUGCAGUCUUGAGCCCACCACCCUGGCCCCAUUCGAUAUGUCGCCCGUGGUAAGAACUGAUGCAGAAAUCGCCAAAGACGGUAUUUUACCUGCCCUGAACGUCUUUGGUGUGCAAGUAGUCGACGACUUAGGUGCUUUGGUACAGAGCUCUCAUUCACAGAUCGAGACAGCUAUUGUGGGACGCAGCUGGGGUUUGUACGCUGAAAAGGGACCAGAUUCUCUUGGGCCGGAGAGUUAUGGGACAAACUUCUUCUUCUCAUCGCGCAUGAAGUGUUCCAAUCCGUUAUUUGCAUGGGCAUUUCGAUCGAUUUACACCGUUCUGGAGAACGCUAUAACCAAAAUACCCCCUCUGCGUUACCUCGUUACACGAAUGUUUCCGCCAGGAACAGGUCCAUCUGAGGAAGUGCGCAAGGGGCAUUAUUUCAAAUAUCGUGUCGUGGCUGUACCAGACAAGAAAGAAACCAAUCCUGCACCAAGAGCCGAGGUCAAGUUCGAAUACGACGGUGAUCCGUAUGUCUUUACAAGCGUGGCUUUAACCCAAGCGGCUUUGGUUCUACUUCAAGGGGACACGCCAGCCCAUAGACGAGGAGGUAUCUUGACACCUGCUUCGUUGGGCGAGAGUUUCGCAGAAAGGCUAAAGCAGCCGGACGCAGGCGUCAGGAUAGAGGCUAAGGUGAUAGGUGAUGAAGUCUAUUAA